UCUGAGCAGCAGUGCUGUGGUUCCGAAGUUCGGCGCACGUGUGGAGUACAGGCUGUGCGCGUGCUGGUGUGUUAAUAAUAGUGUUAUUACUGUUUAUAGUGUUUAUAGUGUAAAUAGUGUAAAUUGUGCGGGUGUGCGGCGGGUGUGUGCGCUUGUCGGAGGCCCGGGUUUAGCUGUUAUUUCGCCGCUAUGUUGGAGCCGGUGGAGGUGGUGGCUGGGAGUUAUGAGCAGGUCGUGUUUGGUUACAGAGUUUUUCCUGAAGAAAAGGACUGGACAGUAAAGCCUGUGUUUACUCAUCAUGCUCACACAGCCUCGCUCUCCACAGUAGCAGCCAGUAAACAGUUCAUCGCUACAGGAAGCAAAGAUGAGACCAUUCAGCUCUACGACAUGACCAGCAAAACCGAGCACGGAUCCCUGCUGCACCAUGAGGGUACUGUCUCAUGUCUGGAGUUUUAUGGAACGUCUCAUUUGCUGAGUGGUGGGGAAGAUGGUCUUCUGUGUGUGUGGAGCACAAAAACAUGGGAAUGUUUAAAAACAAUCAAAGCACACAAGGGUCACGUUUCUUCUAUGUCUGUUCACCCCUCCGGAAAACUUGCACUGUCUGUAGGAACAGACAAGAAAUUGAGGACGUGGAAUCUAAUUGAUGGAAGAUCAGCCUUCUGCAAGAUUAUUAAAGAAAAUGCACACCUCGUGCGGUGGUCACCAGAAGGGGAUAAAUAUGCUGUUGCUGUUAAUGAUAAAUUGGACGUCUACAGCCUGGAGUCUGCGAGCAUCAUCUCCACUCUCACCUAUCGAAAGAGGAUUUCAUCCAUCAAAUUCUUAAAUAAUACACUGCUGGCUGUGGCAGGAGAUGAUGAGAAUGUGCAGAUUUAUGAUCUGGACUCUGAAAAAUGUAUCUGUGAGUUUAAAGCUCAUGAAAUCAGAGUAAAAGCAGUGGAGAGCUUGAUGAUGGGCGAGUUGUGUGUGAUUAUCACAGCAUCUAAUGAUGGAUUCAUCAAGCUGUGGAAGUUCAAUAUGGAGAAGCCGGAGGUGUGUCUGCUGGGCCAGGUGAACACCACAGCUCGUCUCACCUGUCUGUCAGUGUGGAGACCAAACCCAGCGAAAGAGCCCUCAGCGGAGAAAACAGCAGAGCCAGAAACCACAGCGUCAACUAAUAAGGAGGAGCCUCUGCUGAGCCCCAGCAACAAAAGGGUGAGGAUCGCUCCUGACCAAGUGAUAUUAGAGGAAGACGUCUCAAAGAAACAAACUAAAAAGAAGAAAAAGCAGAAAGUGCAAUAAAUAAGAACUUUUAUGAA